GCCAGGAUUCAGUGUAACUGCUGCCAAACAUCAAGAGUUCUACAACAACCAGACACCACAGUGCCACUGCAACUGAUCAUGUUCCGUGAGGCUUUUUCAAGAACCCUGGAGAUCAAUCAGCUUAGCAGUCCUCUCAAUGCUCCAAGUGCUGGUGACUCAUGCUGACAUCUAGUUAUAGGUGACAGAAUCAACAUUACUGUGAGGACGAUGGGUGGGAAGCAGUCUCGCAGUUUUUCCAACAAGGAGUUGAAUGAGGUGAGUAUGAGUCAAAGGAGCAGGAGUGCUUUGAGAGACGACCAGCCAAGCCUGUCCUCGGCUGCUGAGAGGAUCCGCAGACACACCACAGUGCACUUUGGUUACAGCACCCUGAGUCUAGCCAUGCGGGGGCUUGGAGAGACCCCAGCUGAGUUGUGGGAACUCAGAGAGCUUCAGAAGCUAAAUCUGUCCAUGAACUGCCUGUGCUCUCUGCCCCCUGCCCUGGGUGCUCUGGACAAUCUUGUGAUCCUCAACCUGUGGGACAACAACCUGUCCAGCCUCCCACCUGAGAUCGGCCUCCUGAAGAAGCUGCGUGUGCUCUUUGCUUGUCGCAACCGCCUGAGCGAGGUCCCUGAGGAGCUGGGUUCCUGUACCUGUCUAGAGGUGCUCAGCCUUGCCAACAACCAGAUCACAGGGCUCCCUGGCAGCUUGGCAACCAUGCACAGUCUGACCAAACUCAACCUUAGCCACAACCGUAUCGCUCACAUCCCCACCUGUGUCUACAGCAUGAGAGGUCUAGUCUUCCUCCACUUAGCCUGCAACCGUCUGGAGACAAUUGCGGACCAGAUCCAGGACUUGGUUAACCUGAAGAUCCUCAUCGUGGAGGGAAAUAGUAUCCACACACUGCCCAAGACACUGUGCUUUCUUGAGUCUUUAGAACUCCUCAAUGUUGACUUCAAUGACUUGCAAAGUGUGCCAGUUGAAAUGUAUCUGCUGAGCAGGCUCGGGAGGUUGGCCUGCCACCCGCUGGACAAAGGACUUCAUAUUAUCCACAACCCCCUCCUCAAGCCUAUUCAGGAGGUGCUGCAAGGAGGACUCAGUGCCCUCUAUAACUACCUCAAACCCACGUGAGGGACUACCACUCUGUGUGUGUGUCUAAAAGAGUGUGUCGUAAUGGGACGCUGGCACAAAUCUGACCCCUGGCACGUGGUAGUCAUGCUCUGUGUCCCCUGUUAUCUGACUGUCAAAGAUAUUAUGACUCAAGACAGAUGAGCAUUACUCAGUGUUUAUAUUACAGGAUGUCUUCUGACUGACAGAUAGAUUUUCCAUUUUCUUAUGUAAUAUGAAUGUUUGGAUAUAAACAGAGAACAAGUAACGGCUGUGUCAUGUCUAAACAUUUGUUAAUCCACAGGAAAGGGGUCAGGAAAAGUCACACAGCUCGCACAAAAAUUCACAGGUCUACAUUUGGGGGCUGAUCACUGGUCAGUUGAUCUUGUUUGGCAGUGAGGGAGCAUAGGGGUGAAUUCAGCCACAGAUCACCGCUCUCUUUCGGGUCAUCGGGAUCAGGUGUGUAAGGUCAGUGGAAAGAACAGUGGAGGGGGCGGCUUAAGACCUGCAAAAACAUAAAACAAAACACAACAGGGACUUAGACUCUGAUUAAAUGUUGUUCCACUCGAGCAGAUCAGAGCAGGGCUGCUGGGUAGCAGGUCCUCUGAGGUUGGUGGGUGUUGUAAUACCAACAAUCUGAAAACAGUUAGGGAAACAAAAACCUUACAAUGGAUGAUUUGAUAGAAUGCUUGUGCCUCAGAGUAAACAGAGUAAAUAUGGACCACUGUGGAACAAGUUUAUUUGAAAUAACUCACCUCAUUAACAUGCUUGUAAUCAAGUGACUUUAUCUCAAACUGCAACAGUAGAGCAGCUUUGUGACGUGAUGAGAAAUUGUGCGUAUGACUGAAGAAACAAAUGUGUUGCGCCUAAUUUCCGUUAUCAGCAAGCUGUCCCUGUGAAUAAAAUAGAGUUUGUGUCAACCUCGGUGCUUGAAUGUUAAUGAGGUACACAUGUAUCUCACUACCUCUAAGAAGGUCAGGCGCAUUUUGAACCAGUCACAGUGGAGAUGUA